UAUGCUCGAUUGUAUUUGUAUAUAAACCAUAAAGUCAGAACACAACAUAUUCGAAACCUGCAAUUCCAAAUUCAUUUCCAGCCAUGGCCAAAACCUCCCAAACCCUCCCAGAUCUACCAUCUACCCUACUCAUAUUUUCCUUCACUGUUCUCUUCUCUACAACCCUAGGGCUCAAAAACCAAGAAAAGCUAAGCCACCUCCAUUUCUACUUCCAUGACAUAGUCAGCGGUCCAAACCCUGCUGCCGUCUGGGUUGCCCAAACACCCAUCUCCAAAAAAUCUCCAACCCUAUUCGGCUCUAUAGCCAUGUUCGACGACCCGCUAACCGUAGGCCCCACAAGGAGCUCCAAACUUGUGGGGAGAGCACAGGGGUUAUACGGGUCAGCCUCACAGAGUGAAGAUGCUUUGUUGAUGGCCAUGAACUUCGUAUUUUAUGAAGGCAAUUAUAAUGGGAGCAGUCUCAGUGUGCUGGGUCGAAACUCCGUGCUUGAAGCCGUGAGAGAGAUGCCGGUAAUCGGUGGAAGUGGGGUUUUCCGGCUGGCUCGCGGGUAUGUUCAGGCGAAGACUGUCACGUUUAAUGCAACUAGUGGGGAUGCUCUUGUUGAAUAUGAUGCGUUUGUCUUCCAUUAUUGACUUGUCUGCUUUUCUCAUCUCCACAAUGCUGUCUUCGCUGUGUUUUGGUCAAAGUGUAGUAGGUGGAGUGGUGGGGUUUUGCUUUUUGGUGUAUAAACAAAAUUUAAGUUUCGCUUUAUUUCUUGUAAUUGAAAAGUGGUUCCUUAAUCUCUUAAAACUCAUAUUUCAUUCA